AUGACGAGAGUAAGGCUUCCCCUCCUCUGUCAUACUGUUGUAGUUCGAUUUAUCAUCUCACCAUUAUUCAUUUUGCUGCUACUCCUACAAGCUUGCCACGCUACUGAUGGCCGGGUGGACAGUGUACCUUCCUCCUGUGGAAACAUACCCAUCAUUAAAUCCCCCUUCCGACUCAAAACCGAUCCCGAGAGCUGCGGAGACCACAAUUAUACCCUCUCAUGUGAGAGCAAUACAACGGUUCUGUAUCUGGGAUCUGCAAGAUACUAUGUGCAGGCAAUAAACUAUAAGAACUUGACGAUUCGGUUGGUGGAUGAUGGUGUAGCUGAAGGCAACUGCUCCUCCUUGCCCACUCACCCUCUGUCUGAGAUCAGCAUACCUUCUCACCCCUACUCCGCCACCCAAUACGUAAACUUUCUGUUAUUCAUGGUGGGAGAAGAAAGCUUGAAUGAAGCUUUGGUUCUGGUGAGCUGUGAAAACCCUGUCAAUUCUCAACUGUAUCUGCAAACAGCUCCUUGCAUCAACAUUGGAUCGAAGAGCUCUUUAAGUUAUGCGCUUGAUGGGAGUCAAAUGGUUGCAUCAGAUUUGGCAGAGACGUGCAAAGUGGAGAUGGUGGCUAUGCUACCAAAGACCAAGAAGAAGAAAAAGGAGGUUACAUUUCAUGAGAUUCACCAGCAGCUUGAAUACGGGUUUGAGCUUUCAUGGCAGCAGUACUCGUGCCCCCACUGCCCUCGUCCGUCCCAUUGCUACCUUCUCAAGUUUGGCUUUUAUCGCUGUAAUAAUGGACUGCAGGACUAUAUUGUCAUGUAUACAUUGGUACUGGUUCUAGCAUUCACCCGUGCCAUUGGAAUCCCUCUUGUGAUUGCAUUUCUGAUAUACAAAUGGAGAAUGAGGCAUCAAUCAGCAUAUGCCAACAUUGAAGAGUUCCUCCAGAAACAAACCCUCAUGCCAAUCAGGUACUCUUACUCGGACAUCAAGAAAGUCACCGAAGGAUUCAAGGACAAGCUAGGCGAAGGUGGGUUUGGCUCCGUCUACAAAGCAAAGCUACGUGGCGGCAGCUUUGCAGCUGUCAAAGUGCUUGGGACCAACAAGUCGUCCACGGCAGGAGGAGGAAAUGAUGGUCAAGAUUUCAUGAGCGAGGUUGCUACCAUUGGUAGGAUCCACCACGCCAAUGUGGUCAGGCUAAUCGGCUAUUGUUCCGAAGGAUCAAAGCGAGCUCUCGUCUAUGAGUUCAUGCCGAAUGGUUCACUCGACAAGCACAUCCUUCACCACAACCAAGGUUCUUUGAGUUUGGAACAAUUGUACCACAUCUCACUUGGAGUAGCCCGUGGGAUUGAAUAUCUUCAUUCAGGAUGCGCAAUGCAGAUUCUGCAUUUUGAUAUCAAGCCCCACAACAUCCUCCUCGACCAGACCUUUAACCCAAAGAUAUCCGAUUUCGGGCUGGCUAAGUUGAACCAUCCCGGUGGUGAUCACAGCAUCGCCGCUCUGACAGCAGCAAGAGGGACCAUAGGGUACAUGGCACCAGAGAUGUUCUACAAGAACAUUGGAACUGUGUCUUACAAAGCCGAUGUCUACAGCUUUGGGAUGUUGGUCCUGGAGAUGACAGGUAAACGGAAGAAUCUGAACGCAGCAACGGAGCAUUCCAGCGUUUACUUCCCUUCAUGGGUUCACAACGAGGUAUCCAUGCCCGGGACUCCAAUUGCAGUUGGAGAAGUCACGGAAGAGGAAGACAACAUUGCCAAGAAGAUGGUGAUUGUAGGAUUGUGGUGCAUCCAGACCAAUCCUGCCAACCGUCCUCCAAUGAACAAAGUGGUGGAGAUGCUUGAAGGCGACUUGGAAAGCCUGGAGCUUCCUCCAAAGCCUGUUCUGUAUGCUGCAGAAACUGUAACGAAGAAUGAAGAAGGAUCAUCUUCUUCGUCACAUAUGUCAUCCGAAUUUACACAAUCAAUAAUCAGUACUGUAAACAAUUACGAAUCUCCACAAUGGUAG